UAUGAAUCAUAUGCUGGUUUUGUUGGGUGUUAUCCGACAAACUGAUCUGAAAUCCCCUCUGACAGACUGACACAACUCAAAAUGCCCCCCAGAUUCCCAGGAGUGGCAUUCAUGCUUUCAACAGCUGGAGUCUGAGUAAAUAACUUUUAAGCAAAUUAAACUGUUGCACCUGCUGAGUACAAGAGCAAGAAAUAUUACAGCCCAUUAACAAGUCAUUUGACUUCUCAUUUCUUGAUUAAAGGUUUCUAAAUGUCAGUCAGAAAAGGAAAGAGAAUAUUCUCUGUAGCUGUUUUCCCAGUUUUAAUUUUUCACAGUAACAGAAAGCCACAGAAGUCAAAUAUGUUUGUUUUUCCUAAGACAUUUAUCUAAACAAACUUAGUAAAUAGCUAUAUUUUAAAAUGAUCAAAUUGCUCCAUCCCUUCAAUGCAGCAGUGUCAUUAGAUGUAGUCUGUUCAUAAAUGCAUUUAUUUUCAGUUGCAUCUGCAAUUAUUAUUAUUAAAUCUUUGCUUGUUUUGCUUUUUUUUUUUUGUGGUUUGUGUUUUUUUUUUUUGAGAGUCACAAAUUAGACCGGCACAUUGCUAUCUUGCACAUUUCUGUUUUGUGCUUUGUCAUUUCCACUGUUACUGUGUCAGCAGUGUUUAUUUUAUCUUUUUUAAUAAGUGUUAUGGCUCCCCACCCAGGGCAACCUUGCGCCAUGUGGUGGCACUGACGCCAUAAAAAUUAUAAAAAAAUAUAUAUAGCAAUUGACAUAUGGUACUAAUUAAAUAUAUAAGACAUCUGUAAUGUCUUCUAUAUUCUUUGACAAGAGCCUGUGGAGAUGAUCUUAUGUAUGUCACUUGUCCCCUUCCAGGUAAUCUAGUUCCAAUGGACUAUUUUUGAUUUGUUUGCUUUGUGAGGGUCAGGGUCAGAUUGUGUGAUUGUUUGAGUUUACAGACCACUAGAUUACAGAAGAAACUGCAUUCUCAGCGAUAGACUGCAACACGAAACAGACAUUCUCAUGACAGCAGUGAAAUAAAAUUCACUGCCGGCAUUCAUAUCCUAAAACAUGCCUAAAUGAAAGUUAUUAUUUCUAAUAUUUGUACAUUAUACAGAUAUAUUUUCUUUCAUUUAGUCAUUUCCUAGGGUAAGUUUUGCAAAGAAUUCAUUUGAUGAGCAUUUUCCGUGCACAGUGCGGCAAGGGUCUGGAAGGUUUUAGAAAGUGAUGCACAAGUCUAAUUAUAUGCAACAGAAGAAGCUUAAAAAGUCCAGACCUAUAGCCUUGCACUCGAUGAAUAUCACCACGCUGCCUUUUUCUGUAAAUGAGCAACAACCAGUUGUAGAGCGUCUCCGCAGUCAACGGGGAUUCCCCUCGUAUUCUGACAGUUUGUAUGAUUUGUAGUGUAAUACUCCAGAAAAAUGACUAAGAAUUAAGAAGUUGUUCUCAUAUUAAAUCUGGUUCUAUUUUUCCUUCUUCUUUUUUUUUUUUUUACCCAAAGGCCCAAUAGUACUUCCUCUGGAGUUUUUCUCCAUUCCUGAACACAAACGUUCUAAUUAUAGAGGUGGCUAACAGACCAGUAUAGUGACACUUAUUACAGAUUGCAGGUCUUCUAUUUUAAACCCUAGGCUAUUAAAGAGAUGCAAAUACAGUGCGUUAAAGCCGACCGAACAUGUACAAGCUGCGAGCUCUUAAGAAAACAGUGCUAUGGUUAUUCUGGUUCAUGUGUGUGUGCAGAGAACACAGUGAGGGCUGUUUGCAGUGGUUUUCUGUUGGAGAAAUGGCUGCCAUUUGUACUGCCUGUGACCUCAGCAUCUUUAGAUAAGGGAUCCUCCUUCACCUCCGCACAAAGCCUGUUGUAACCCUGUGCGCUGCAGUCCUCAAACCUGCUAAAAAGAUGUAGAGGCAGCGUAAUGCCUUGGUGAAAACUUGUGAAUGAUUCAGUCUGUUCAAUUAACAUUUUAUUACAUUACCUUACAUCAAAGUAAUUUGACUUACAUGGCAGAUAAGUGCCUGAAUGACCGUGGGGGUGGGGAGGGGGUUACAAUAAAUGAAAAAAUUGGGUUUUUAAAUAUAUUCCCAGUUUUCCGGUCAUAUUGUGGAGACUUAUCCAUCAGUUUUUAUGAAUAAAAUUGUUUUUAAAACUGCAGACGAUUUCAGGAGGGCUACUCGAUCCGAUAGCCCGACUCAUUAACCAACUACAAAUGGUGAUGAGGAGUAAUCAGCUUCUUAUGCUAACAUUUGUUGGUUUUUGUUUUAGUUUUUAUUAAGUCAGUGUGUCAUAACCAAAAUGGCGGUUGUUGGGGAUAUCGUAGAGCUGUAAUAUUUAAAGAUUCGCCGUUUUCCAGUUUUUUUGUUGCUGUUUUAUAUUUGCUGCUAAUUCCAACUUGACCAGAACUGGUCAAAUCAGAAUUUGAAUAAAUUAGGAAAGAAUUUUCAGAUUGCUGGAUACCGAUCAGAGCCGGUCGGCGAGAAAUUGACCGAUUGAUCAGUUCAUCUGUAGUAAAGAUCAAUGUGUUUGUAGUAUUUUUACUACGUGCUGAAAUAAUCAGUGCUGAUCUCUUUCUUAGAAAAAAACAAAACAAAAUAAAGUUAGCUCAUGUUUUACAUCCUAGCAUUAAUUUCUGCCUAUACGUAGAGAUAAUGAGAAUCUCCUAUCGCUUCUCCCUCUUUAUGUCAGCUGUGGGGGGUUUUUUAAGUUAAAGAAGAAAAAAUAUUGUUUGCUUAGUCUCAUUUGCCAUAACUUCCUGGUAAUUACUACUUUAAUUCAUUGUAUCUGCGUAUACCACCGACGUUUCCCAUGCCUUCAGAAUGUUUUCUUAUCUGAAAGGUGAUUCAUUUUCCUCUUGUGGGAUAAUUCUGAGGAAAAGAAAAUGGUGAAAUCAUGCUGAAAGUAUUAGGAGUGAGUAGCCUUAAUAUGAAAUAAACAGUACUGUUUUCAUCCUCCCACAUCCCCCAGGCGGACGUAAUAGGGAUUACCUGCACCGCGCAGGCAUUCCAAGAGUUUCUCAACGAGUAAAAUAGAAAAAGUUAGUGAAAGGAAAGAUGAAUUCCGGUGCGUCUUCCCCCCCUUCUCUCCUUCAUCCCCGCGGUCCUCCCUCGUGUGUUGGAAUUUCCCGCAUGGACUGAGAGGGAUCUUGCUCCGUAAAUUACAGCGCCUUCGCGUGUCAGAGGAAGAGCCUUUUUUGGGCAGGGAAGUGGGCGGGGCUACGGAGCAGGCGGCGGGCAGAGAGGAGGUGGCAAUCACAAGACAACCAGAGAAGCGCUGUCGAUGCGCGGCAGCAGCAGGCCCCAUCCUUCUUUUUCUUUUCUUUUUUUUAAUUCUUUUUUUUAGCCUUUUUGUGCAAUCACAGUGCAAUAAUGUGCAACAAACAGCGGCUGCACUGCGCUUCUGUUCAUGCGCAUUAGCUCGUUUGUGUUUACGCUCCAACGUCGAAUCCCCCACCGCUCUCCCCCCCCUCACCUCUCUCCCAUCCCUCCUCACUUGUUUUCUUCUUCUUAGCUGGGGGCACCGAAGGGAAGGGAAAGGGGGGGGGGAAGUCCAAAUGCUUGAGGUCAGCAGCGUAGCAUGAGUCAACCUCGGGGAUGUGUGCAGUCAUCAUCGCGGGCCUGCUGCUUCUGCCGCCGCCGCCGCUGCUGCUGCUGGCCGCACGAGAGGACUAUCCAGCGCGGCUGAGCAGCUCCUCGCAGUAAGUACCGGGGGAGAUCUUCCGUAGAGAGGCCGUGAAAGUCGAUGACUGUGGCGCUGUUGCUGCUGCUGCUGUUGUUGUUAUGGCAGACGUAGAUGUUGUGGUUGACGCUGCAUGUCGCUGUGGCCGCAGCUCGCUGACAAAGUUUUGUUUACCUCGGACUGGGGCGCGCGCGCUUCGGAUCCCGGGGGCUCGUCACCGCCGUCGGGGUUGAUUCCUGUGGCAGCUCCGUAAAUACAAGAAAAGGGCGAACCGCCAGGAUAAUGCGCAGGAAGAAUCGUGACGCGUUAACCUUUUGACAACUUGAAUCGAUCAGUGGUUAUCUCUCCUUUGCUCUUCUGCUGCCACGCUUGUUUCUUUUUUUUCUCUCUCUCUCUCUUUUUUUUUCCUCUCUUUUUGUCGAACUGGCGGGCAUUGUUGGGUCAGUUUGUUGCAGCGGGACACGGCAUUACUGACUGGAUAAUCCGUUUUCUGCAACAAAGGGCUUCUCGUAAAUAGCGCUGAGCUGGCUGGCUGCCCUCAGAAAGUGAUGUGGAGGGAAUGGAAAGCGGUGGUGGUGGGGGGGGAGAAGAGUCCUGAGCUCCUUCCUUCACAGGCCGCGUUGGUAGUUUUAAAUUAGCAAAUGGCGAUGGAUUAGGGCACUUGACAUUUCUUUUAAGCCAAUUUGCCGCGUUAUGUGCUAAAGCCUCGGCUUGUGUAAGGGCUGCACUUGUGAUGCGUCAUGGUGAUCCUUCACCUCAGAUGGAGUGUGCUACUUGCUUAAUAACCCGCGCCGCUACCCUGUAAUCAGCAGGUUCUGCAAGAAUAAAUAGGGCUACUGACAACGAGCACCUUCUCCAAAGGGAGGAUGCAUCCUGGGGUUUGACAGCAUGUCAGUGCCAUCACAUGGUUGCUGCACACAUGCUGUUUGUUGGCCACACAGCGUGGUCUUUGGCUUUCCUCUGUCAGUGCCUCCUCUGCCCCCCCCACCCUCCUUUCAGCCAGUUCAGGAUCUGAACAGCUGCAGAUGUCUAUUUUAAGGCUUUCUCCAGGGCACCCGAGUAAAGGGUGACUAUUGUCAGCCACUUCCUAAGUGAUAUGAAGUGCUAUAUUUUUUUAGAUUUCAGGAUUCAUUUGUGCAACUAUGCCAUCAAUUCUGACAGAUUAACAUAAUUCAGAAAGUAGCCUGCAUGCUUUCUCUCUCUCUCUCUCUCUCUCGUCUUUAGAUUAUUGACUUCAGCACUUGAACAGUUUCUACUUUGCGCACAGAUGGAACAAUUAUAAUUUGACACACUGUGCCAUGCCAGAAUCUGCUCCGAAACCCGGCCAUUAUGUAAUAUACUAUCGGCCCGGGUUGCCACGGUAAUUGUCAAGAUGUGCUGUAAGUUACACAGACGCCCGCAAGGACGUCUUGACUUUUUCGUCCUCACCGCCCCUCUCCCCCACUGUCUUUGCAUAGAUCGCUGCACUGUGACUCAUGUGUGCUUACUUUCUGCUGCCCUUCCUAUUUGAGGCUGCAGCCGUAGUUCAGAGGGCACAGUCUCCCUUUUCAUUUUCACCUCUGAGUCACACGGUUGUAAAAAAAAAAAAAGAAAGAAAAGAAAACACUUUUCUUUUUUUCUAUCACAUUCAGUUUUGCUUUGGCGGGAAAACGAGUGCUUUCUUUUCUGCUGCGUGUCUCGCAAAGCUGUUAGGAGUUUGAUAAGGGCGUCGGAGCUCCAAGUGUGCCAGUCGAUGAUGAACUUCGCCUCCGAGUGUUUGCGCGAAACAGCCCGGCAUAAACGCAGUGCGUUGAUGACUGGGUGUCGCCCAUGAAUGAGAAAAACACAGAGACGUCUUCAGAUCUUUUCACCCCCGACUGGAGAUUGUGAAGAACUUCAGAGGGUUUUUUUUUUUUUUUUUUUUUUUACACUGUGAAUAAUACAGAAGAGUUUUGGGUUUUUUUUAAGUCAGAAGAACAUUCUGCAUAGGCCUGGGUUGGAGUGGUUCCCUGCUUCGGCCCAUUCAUGCUCGUCAUGAGUGUACCCGCCCAGCAGAAACCCAGUGCCAAGAGAACGGGCAAACGCAUCACGUUCUUCGGUGACCAACCAGGAGACCCGAUGAAGGAGACAUCGCAGCAUCCCGAUGGGGCGUACUUUGUCCCCGGCGGCACCGCCGCCGCCGCCUCGGAGUCCGGACAAAGCGAGGCAGCGAGUACGGUGACCUCCAACCCAGAGGCUCCUCACAUGUACUUCAACUCUGUGAUCUUCAGCCCGGAUAAGGGUGACCAGAACAGGGGCCACUAUCAGCAGACGGUGCCGAUGAAGUGGGCUCACCCGGAGCCCAGUCAGCAGCAGCAGCAGCAGAGAGCUGCCUCUUGGACUACCAUGCCUAACUGGGCGCCGGCUUUUCCGAAUCUCACAAGGACCCAGAAUGCGUUCGCCAAGGCGAUGCACGAGACUCCCCCCGGCUUGCAGCUGCAUCAGCAGCCGACCAACGCUGUGAAGUCUCGAGCUCUGGAGUGGGAGCAGCAGCAGCAGCAGCAGACGUCCCAAAUCUUUCAGGAGACGUUGAAACCAGGGGCGCUGAACGCCCAGCAGCAGAGCGUUCCCCACCCCGGAGGAAGCUCCGUCUUGCAGUCCUUCCAGCUGGCCUUUGGUCAGCCCAAACAGCACCUGCCCGCUUAUUACCAGACCUUCCAAGGGAGCCGGAACACACUACCGAACCCGCCGAACUACUCGAAUUCGAAACAGUCUUCGCUGCAUCUUCAGCAGCUGCAGAAUCAAGAGCAAAUGCAACGGCAGCAGCAGCAUGUCAUCCAGCAGCAAAUUCAACAGCAUCAGCAGAUCAUCCGGCAUCCGCAUGUCCAGUUACAGCAGCAGCAGUUACACCACGAGCAGCAACAACAGCAACAAAAGAUGCAACAACAGCGGCAACAGCUCCAGAUUCAGCAGCAAAUGCAACAUCAGCAGUCGCAACAACAAAACCCCCAUGUACUAGACUGUUUCUCUGCGGCACAAAACGCACACCCGCAGCCUGUGGUUGUGCACUCGCAGGAGUCCACUGUUCCGGCUCCGCCGAAGAUCCAGGAGCCGCUGAUCCAGGACAUCACGCCGGAACCCCAGCAGCAGCCGUCCAAUCCCCUGCAGGCCCCCCCGCCGCCUGAGCCGUCGUCGCAAUUGCAGGCGCAGCUCCGCAGAUCGCGCCGGCUGUCCAAGGAAGGCGGGGCGCCGUCCGACAACCCUUUCCUUUGCGGGCCCUCGGACCAGUCGGGCCCGGAGAACGGGACCCGGGACGUCCAGGCGGCGCCCACGGGGGUCAUCCAGAGCACGCGCAGGAAGCGCCGGGUGUCCCAGGAGGUCAACCUGGAGAUGCUCGCACAAGAGGCUUCAGAAAGGAAGUCUCCUUCACUAAGCAAGGAGCCUCACAGGCCGUGGAGCCCCGCCGAACCGGAGAGCAUGAGUGCCAAGCGACCCCGAGACGACAGCCUCCUUCCGCUCGUCAUCCCCGUGUCUGUCCCCGUUCGGAGACAGGACCCCUCGUCUCCGGAUAGGGACGGAGCAGCUGUGGCAACCAGCUGGCCUCACCGGCCUCCCAGCCACCAGGACCUCGGGCGAGCCGACCACAAACCCUCGGUCAUCGUCACCCGCAGGCGCUCGCUUCGAAACUCCUUGUCGGAAAGUUCAGAGCAAAAUGACGGCACGGAGGGAGAGAGGGACGACGACGGCAAGAAGUCCAAACGGCGUCCCCGACCGGAGCCUCUCUUCAUCCCACCGCCCAAACCGAGUUUGUUCAUCGCCCCGCCCGUCUACUCCAGCAUCACGCCCUACCAGAGCCACCUCCGCUCGCCCGUUCGCCUCGCCGACAACCCGAUCACGAUGCCCCCGUACACGCCUCCGCCGAUCCUCAGCCCAGUUCGGGAGGGCUCGGGCCUCUACUUCUCCACCUUCCUCUCGUCGGCUGCAGCCAGUGGUCCGGGCCUGCCCCCUCCUGCGACUCCCAAGUCAGCCACUCGCAGCUUGUUGCGUUCCAACAGCUGCGACAUCACGCCACCGGUGCUGUCCGCCAUGAGUGAGACCACGCCGGUCAGCAUCGAGCCACGAAUAAAUAUCGGGUCGCGAUACCAAGCGGAGGUGCCAGAGCUGAGGCAGAGGUCCGCUGUCGAACUGGAUCGCCAUCGAGCCGAACUGGUUUGGGCUCCACCGUCCGAACUGGAGGGGAAACCAGACUUCCAGCACAAGGUGGAAGACCUCAUGCACCUGGCCUGUUCCAGCGUUUUAUAUGGAGGAGGAACCAACCAGGAGUUAGCACACCAUUGUUUAUACGAGUCCAAAGGGGACAUAAUGGCUGCUCUGUCUCUGCUGAUGCUGAGGGAUCCGAUCUUCCCAAAGACACAUCAUCUAUCCAGCUACCAUUACUCGGGAUCAGACAGCUGGACGGCAGCUGAGAGGCGUCUGUUCAACAAAGGCAUGGCCACGUGUAAGAAGGACUUCUUCAUGGUGCAAAAGCAGGUGACGACCAAGACCGUGGCGCAGUGCGUGGAGUUCUACUACACGUACAAGAAACACUUGAAGGUCGGCCGCAACGGAGCGCUGAUUUACGGCGAGAACGAGCCUCCGGAGAGCAGGACGGCAGAAGAGGAGCAGGACCACAAGGCCGCUCAGAGACUGGAGCCGCAGCAGCAGGAGGAGGACAGCAGGAAGUGGGAUGGUUCAGCUGACAGGAAACAGGAUGUGUGUCCCAACAGGGUAGCGCACACGCUGCCGUCCACUGAGAAUCUUGCGACAGUCCUCAUCAUAAAGGAGGAGGUGGGAAGGGAGCAGCCGGUGUCCAGGGUCAUCCACCACGCCCAGCCGCCCCAGACCAAACCGCGCUUCGACGGCGGCAACGCGCGCCGACCGAGCCCCCCGUCGGGCAACAAGGCCUCCGCGGGGCAGGAGGGCGAGUUCCCCUGCAAGAAGUGCGGCAGGAUUUUCUACAAGGUGAAGAGCCGCAGCGCCCACAUGAAGAGCCACGCGGAGCAGGAGAAGAAGGCGGCGGCGCUGCGACAGAAGGAGGCGGAGGAGCGCGCCGCGGCGAGGGCGGCAGCCGAAGCCGCCGCCGCCGCCAUGGCCGCGCGGCAGCAGAACGGAACGCGGCAGGCGGUCGGCGACAGCGCCAACGACGACUCCUCUGGCGGCGAGGACAGCGACGAUGACGACGACUGGCAGAAUUAGGGCGGAGGCAGAGAGGCCAUCUGCACCUGGAGCGGGUUUCCCCUCCUUUUUUAAAAUUUUUUUUUAUACAGACCGCCGUUGCUCGUCGACGUCGGUGACGAUCACCGCUCAAACUUUAGCGAGCAUCCGGAUUUGUCGGGUUCUUCCCAAAGCUCCCCUUUACUCAGCUUUUCCAAGAGUUGUUACCUCUCUUGCUCACAGGGCUCGCUGAAAUCAAAGCCAUGCGUCUUGUUGGAUUCCCAGUCGUCGCCGCCUUCCUCCACACUUUAAGUCCCGACUCCUUCUUUGCUCCGACAGGCGCGUUGGACCUCCUCUUCCGUCUUCUGUUUUCCUUUCACCUCUGGCUCCUCUUCGGACCUCAGUCGACCAAUAUCCGAUAGUCGGGGAUGAGGUGGGAAAGAAAGGCUGCUUCCUCGGACGGACGGAUGGCAUGUUCAGACUGUUGUUGUCGCCGCUCCUCUGCACUAACGGCUGCCAAAAGUGUUUUCAGAAGCAUGAAAUGGGUUCUGUCUGUUUAUCCGGGCUUUCAGUUCUGUGAAUCUCCCCGUUGUCAAACUCUCCCCCCUUUUUCUUCUUCUUCUUUUUUUUUUUUUUAAUAAAACCUGCUCUGUUCCUCACUGUUUUAUGCCUUGGAUGUUAUGACGGUUUUAUUUGAAAAUGACAAUCAAUUUUACACUGUUGGUGUUUUUUAUGGACAUGUAUAUAAGCAGGUCAUCUUUUUUUUUUUGCCCCAGCCCCCCACUCCCUCUUUUCUCUGUAGUUCUAUGUGGUUCUUGUUGUUUUUGUGAAUAUUGUUAGUAAUUAAUAUUAUUAUUAACAUUAUUAUUAUUAUUAUUAUUAUAUUCUAGUUUUGGCUGCAGUUUUGUCGAGCGAUUUUUUUUAAAAAGCUUUUCUUUCUUUUUUUAUUUAAACAUAAACAAUUGCUCCUUGCUACCUGUUCAUAACUGUGAUUUAAAAAAAAAAAACUUUUUUUUUUUCUUUUAUUGGGAGCCAAGAAAUGAAGAAAAGGCAGAAGCGUAUGUGCAAUAGAACAAGUUACCCCCUCUCCCUCUCAACAUGGUGUCAGCUGAGAAGCAGCUGCUCUGGAUGCCUCGCUGUCAGCUCCGUUACUGAUAGCUGAUGGGACCAUUCAGGACCGCAGGUCUCCACGGACACCGGCGCGACGACAACCGGCCAAGUCCAAACCUAAAACCACGCUCCAGUAUUUACGGCGUGACAUUGGCUUUCACAAUGUGUGCUGCUGCUGCUGCUGCUUUUUUUUAUUAUUAUUAUUAAUUGUAGGCGAGUUGUAGGCACGAGCUGGUCUGUCGGUAUAGAUACCUCAGUAUGGCAGUAUUUACACAAGAAAAACUUUAGACUGUAAUGUAAAAUAUGUUUAAAACAAAUUUCUAAUAUCACUUUUAACAUUAGCUCAUCUUUAUUUUGAUUCGGAUACACAGACAUAGAGGAAAAAAAGAAACAAACGUCUGCUAGUUUUCAAGUAAACGCCACACGGAUGGGAACAUAUGGGAGCCGUCUGUCAGUAAACCAUUUACUUUCAUCAACAGCCGAGCUUUUUGGAAAAGUAGUGAUUUGUAGUAAUUAAUCAGGUUUUUAGUCUGAACUGAAGGUUCUGCCUCCUGCUUUCUACCUCAGCUUUGUAGCCGUUCCACAGACUGUUAGCAGUAAGAUCCUUUCAUCCAAAAAAAAUAAUUGCCUAAUCAUUUUUUUCUUUAGUCCCAUCUAAUCUGAGCUCAGAUUAGAAACGAGUAAAAAGGGAUAUUGGUUUGACUUUUUUUUCUCUCUCUUUUUUUUAAUGGAGCUUUUCCAUUGUUCUUGUUAUAGAUUUUUUUUUCUCUCUCUCUUUUUUUGUUAUUUCUGAGAUAAAAUCUCGAGCGUUCCUUACAACAGCUUGUUUUCCACGCUCUCGAAAAGCCUGUUGAUGGCAGGAAAUCAUUUACUGACAAACAGCAGAUUCUGAUCUAGACGGCUGAAGUAAAACCUCUGUUUGCUUUUAAUAUUUUAACUUUAGAACGUGUCAAUUGCCAAGACUAGAUCUCUACUAACACGGAGAUAAAUCUGUCUGCCUUUGGAUUUUUUUGCUCUGAGAUUCCAGAUUUGGCUGAAAAAGCUGUUUAGAUGACAAUUUGUCAUUUCUCCCCCCACGUUGUUAUUAUUACAUUGUCUUUUAGAUGCUGAUCUGAAGACAAAGUUUUCAUCUUUCUAAGUGGACUGUUUGCAUCUGUGAUUCCUCUCUUCCCGUUUACCUGACACCAGGCGCUGAGUUGGACCAUUGCAACCGUGACUCAUCUGUUGCUACAUAUCCCAGUGUUAAGCCCUCUAGCCUGGAGCCGCCGAAUGCAACAAAUAGGUGAAAGGGUUGUUUUCCUUUAAAGGACAAACUGGAGGAAGGGAGGAAUGUUGGGGUGGGGAAAGAGACAAAAAAAAAAAAAAACCAAGCAGAAUCAGCUCUGCUUACUCUACAAGUUCAAAUCUGGGUCUAUGCACAGGCUGUGUGUAUGUUUGUGUGUGUGUUUAAAGCAUCCUGUUGGCGGUGUGCGUGUAUGAGUUCUGUGAGGUCAAAUGUUUGACUGCCGUAACAGUCACAAACAAACAACAAAAAAAAGGGGGGGAGGUUUGCAGACUGUUCACGUUUGGUAUGUUAAUUUAUAUCUCCUUUUUAUUUGGGCUCGUCUCAAGGUUCUUGUUUGGGUUUCGGGUGGGGCGGGGAGCAAUGUUGCAAAAAAACAAAAAGAUUUAGAAGAAUUUUUACUGAUGGAAGUGGAGGCCACAGACACUUCUUGUUUCGUCCGGCCGGUUGAGGGAAGAAAAGUAAAUAAAAUUUCCGAAGAAAAUGUUUAUUUAGCUAAAGAUUGGAAAUAUAUAAUAUGAACGGAAUUCUAUGUUUGCAUACUUUUUAUGCUAUUUUCGUAUAGGGUUCACACUAAUGAUAAAAUCAGAAAGGAAUCUCAAGUGCUUUUUACUACGGUGUAACUUAUUUGUGUUGAUUUGAUUUUUACCACCUGUGUUUUUAGUAAUGAUUUAUGGAAGCACUGUACAUUAAAGGUUCAAAACAUUCUCCGA